UUCCGUUCCUGAAAUUUCAACCAGCAGAUUCCUUCCUUUUCUUUUUUUCAAUUUCAAUUGUAGAAAGAAAACCAUGUCUUUCGCAAUCCUCUCAUCCUCAUGCUUCUCUCUUCGCAAUUCCGAACUUUCAUCUCCGCCUCCCACUAUUUAUCCUCUUUUAAUUAAACCCCAUUUCCAUCACUUUGAGAAUUCGCAUUCUCUUCCGCUUUUUCCUGAUUAUUCUUCACUUUUCGUUAAUCCUAACAAAUUUUCUUAUUCCAUGUCGACCGGUGUUAAAGAUGCCCUCUCGUGUAGAGGCCUCGCCGUCGUCCCCCUCUUUCCGGCCCGAAUUCCGGCGACAAAAGCGGGAACCAAUUCUCCAGCGCAAAUGAAGGGGAGGAGGAUGAAGAUUCUGAUGAUGAAGAGCAUGAUGAAGUGACUGCUCAGGAUAUGGACAUGAAUAUGGAUAUGGAAGAUGAUUGUUGUCCCACUUCCGUUCUUUCUCAGAGAUGGGAUGUGUUGGGCCUUGGUCAAGCUAUGGUUGAUUUCUCGGGCAUGGUUGAUGAAAACUUUCUGGAGAAACUUGGAUUAGAAAAGGGUACAAGGAAGGUUGUGAACCAUGAGGAGAGGGGUAAAAAUCCUGCGUGCAAUGGAUGGGUGCAGUUACAAGGCUGCUGCUGGUGGGUCCCUUUCCAAUAGUCUGGUGGCAUUGGCCAGGCUCGGUCCUUCAACCUAUAGGAGGACCACCUUUGAAUAUAGCCAUGGCAGGCAGUGUUGGAAGUGAUCCACUGGGUGGAUUCUACAGAUCCAAACUGCGGCGAGCAAAUGUGAAUUUUUUAUCCACAUCGAUCAAAGAUUGAACGACGGGAACUGUUAUAGUUCUCACAACACCAGAUGCUCAGCGCACGAUGCUUGCAUAUCAGGUAGGUUUUGUUCUUUCACUGUUUUGGCUUUAAGAAAUUAAAUCCCUUUUAGUAUUUACACACAUAAAUGGUUGAUUUUAAUUAGCAUGUGAACCUAAAAUAAGUUGCCA